AAAUGAUGGUUAUAGAUGAUCCUGUCUCCUACAGAGUUUGAUGACCCUUCCACCAUGGUGGUAUUGGCAGAAGAAGAACUAGUAGUAAUAGAUCUGAAGUCUCCUGGCUGGCCAUCUAUCCAACCCCCAUAUCUUGCAUCUCUCCACUGCUCGGCCAUCACAUGUUCUCACCAUGUCUCCAACAUUCCUCUGAAAUUGUGGGAAAGGAUCAUCACUGCUGGGAGCAAGCAGAAUGUUCAGUUUUCUAAUAUGCCCUGGCCAAUUAAUGGGGGUAUCAGCAAAGCUCCAGAUCCUCCCCAGCGGGAUUUACUGCUUACCGGGCACGAGGAUGGCACAGUGCGCUUCUGGAAUGCAUCUGGUGUGUGUCUAAGCCUCCUGUAUAAACUGAGCACAGUGAAAGUGUUUCUCACUGAUGCAGAUCUCAAUGACAAUAUGAACCAGCUGGGAGAGGAUGAGUGGCCUCCACUACGCAAGGUUGGCUCCUUUGACCCUUACAGUGAUGACCCCAGACUUGGGAUCCAGAAGAUCUUCUUAUGCAAAUACAGUGGCUAUUUAGCUGUAGCGGGGACAGCAGGACAGGUCCUUGUCAUGGAACUGAAUGAUGAAGAAGCGGAACAAGGGAUUGAUCACGCAGAAGCGGACUUUCUCCAGGACCAAGAAGGCUACAAGUGGAAGGGCCAUGAACGCCUGAAAACCAAGGAUGGGCCUGUCCAAUUUGAGCCUGGCUUUCAGCCAUUUGUCUUGGUCCAAUGUCAGCCCCCGGCAGUCGUCACAUCACUGGCCCUUCAUUCAGAAUGGAAACUUGUGGCCUUUGGUACAAGCCAUGGAUUUGGGUUGUUUGAUCAUCAGCAGAAGCGGCUGGUUUUUGUGAA